GUGGGGUGUUGGCCGCUAGAGCGGACGGCAUCGCUAAUGAAGUUGCCCGGGCGCCGCGGCGCUCUUCGCUCUCUGUCUAGAGGCGCGUGAGGCUCCUGCUCCAGCUCCGGACCACGCGCCGCGUCUGGACCACGCGCGUCACGAUCAGGAUGCCGGUGCGACGCGGACACGUGGCGCCCCAGAACACCUUCCUGGACACCAUCAUCAGGAAAUUCGAAAGUCAGAGUCGAAAGUUUCUCAUAGCCAAUGCACGGGUGGAGAACUGCGCCAUCAUCUUCUGUAACGAUGGCUUCUGUCACAUGUGUGGCUACACGCGGGCCGAGAUCAUGCAGAAACCGUGCACCUGUGACUUCCUGUACGGGCCGCACACCAAGCGCCUGGCCAUUGCACAGAUGGCUCAAGCACUUCUGGGCUCGGAGGAGAGGAAAGUGGAGAUCACGCUCUACAGGAAGGACGGUUCAUGCUUUCUGUGCCUGGUAGAUGUGGUGCCGGUCAAAAAUGAAGAUGGUGUAGUGAUCAUGUUCAUUCUAAACUUUGAAGUCAUGACUGAAGAUAAACUGCACAGCCCCACCCAGGGUCUGAACCACCGGCUGCCUUUCCCCUGGCGUGCCACAAAUCGAUCGCGUCGUAUUCGUCUGCACCUGCCUCUCCUGCAGUCACACAGCAGGUCAUGUCUUCAUGAGGACGCUGAGGCCAGACGCAGGACUGCCAGUAUUAGGCGUGGCAGCAGUCACGAGUCUAUGGCACUCGGUGAGCUUGUCUCACUGCCAGAAAAUGAGCAGGUCUGCCCCUCUGCGACCACUCCAUCAGGCACGGCAUCCUCAUCCCUGUGGCCUGACGACAGACGCACUCUCUUGGGAAGUGAGUCCACGCCGCCCCCUUCGGCCACAACACACUCCUCCACAUUGCCCCUGGGUCAGUCCUCGCCACGGACACACAGGCUCAACCCAGACACCUCAGCCUCCAACUGCAGCCUGACGCAUAGCCGCUCACGUGAGAGCUUCCACAGUAUGCGCCGCGCAUCUUCUGUUGAUGACAUAGAGGCCAUGAAGCCUGAAUGGGAACGCAGACACUCCAUACGACCAGGGACCAGCAGUACAGGAGCAGUAAACAACAAGUCCAGCAUGCUUAACUCUACCUCCGAUUCAGACCUCAUGCGCUACCGCGCAAUCAGCAAGAUCCCACAGAUCACUCUCAAUUUUGUGGACUUUAAACCUGAUCCCCUUAUUGCUCUGCCUCCUGGAGAAAUGGACAUCAUUGCUCCAUGCAAGCUCAUCGACCGCACACACAACGUCACAGAGAAGGUCACACAGCAGAAUCAGAUAAGGAAGAACUCACUAAUGAUUGCCACAGUGCUGUCACUAGGCGCCGAUGUUCUUCCCGAAUAUAAGCUCCAGGCACCACGCAUUCACAAGUGGACCGUGCUGCACUACAGCCCUUUCAAGGCGGUGUGGGACUGGCUGAUUCUGCUGCUUGUGAUCUACACUGCUAUCGUAACACCAUACAGCGCCGCCUUUCUGCUUGGCUCGGAAAAAGAGAACAAUACCUGCACUUACUGCCAGCCACUUAAUAACGUGGACCUCGUUGUCGACAUCAUGUUCAUCAUCGACAUCCUCAUCAAUUUCCGCACCACUUACGUCAACGCCAACGACGAGGUGGUGAGCCACCCACUACGUAUCGCUGUCCAUUACUUUAAAGGCUGGUUCCUCAUCGACAUGGUGGCCGCCAUCCCCUUUGACCUGCUCAUCUAUGACAACGGAGAGGAAACAACCACUCUAAUCGGCCUCUUAAAAACUGCACGGCUCUUGAGACUUGUUCGAGUGGCUCGCAAGUUGGACCGCUACUCUGAAUAUGGUGCAGCUGUGCUCUUCCUACUCAUGUGCACUUUUGCACUCAUUGCUCAUUGGCUGGCCUGCAUCUGGUACGCAAUUGGAAGUGUCGAACGCAGCGGUGCCAUUGGCUGGCUCCACACGCUAGGGGAUCAGCUCGGGAAACCCUACAAUAACUCAGCUCUCAACUCAGGACCCAGCAUUGAUGACAAAUAUGUGACUGCCCUUUAUUUCACCUUCAGCAGCUUGACCAGUGUCGGAUUCGGCAAUGUCUCACCCAACACCAACUUGGAGAAGAUCUUCUCCAUCUGUGUCAUGCUAAUUGGAUCCCUUAUGUAUGCCAGUAUCUUUGGGAAUGUGUCAGCCAUCAUACAGCGGCUGUACUCAGGUACGGCACGCUACCACACUCAGAUGCUCCGGGUCAGAGAGUUCAUUCGCUUCCACCAAAUCCCGAAUCCACUCCGACAGAGACUGGAGGAGUAUUUCCAGCACGCCUGGUCCUACACUAACGGAAUUGACAUGAAUGCAGUACUGAAAGGCUUCCCCGAGUGUCUUCAGGCAGAUAUAUGUCUGCACCUGAACCGUACUCUCCUGCAGAACUGUAAAGCUUUUAAGGGAUCCACUAAAGGCUGCUUGCGAGCCUUAGCCAUGAAAUUCAAAACCACUCAUGCCCCACCGGGUGACACACUGGUCCAUGCGGGUGAUGUGCUCUCAGCCCUUUACUUCAUUUCCAGAGGAUCUAUAGAAAUUCUACGUGGAGAUGUUGUGGUAGCCAUCUUAGGGAAGAAUGAUAUAUUUGGCGAGCCCAUCAACUUGUAUGCUCGACCAGGCAAGUCCAAUGCUGAUGUAAGGGCCCUUACUUACUGUGACUUGCACAAGAUCCACAGAGAGGAUGUUCUGGAGGUUCUGGAUAUGUAUCCAGAGUUCUCAGAUUACUUCUGGAGCAACUUGGAGAUCACCUUCAAUUUGAGAGAUACCAACAUGAUUCCUGGCUCUCCAAGCAGUGAUGACUCCGACCAUGCAGGCUUUAACAAACUACGUAAAAGAAAGCUUUCCUUCCGAAGAAGGACGGAAACAGAUGAUGCUGAUGCAGGAGAGAUCAAGAAGAACCAGAAGCCAGUUCGACGUAAAAAACAGGCCAGGAAUAAUCCAAACGAGAGACUAAAACCGGACUUUGAGGGGCCCCGGAGUUCAAUCUCUUCCCACUCGAGUGGCGAUGAAGGGGAGGACCUUGUACAUACACGCUCCACAUUGCCAACAGCAUUAUUUGAGCUCUCUCAAGCACAAGGCACCUCUAUGAACUUUAAUGACAACCCGGAGGGGGAAGCAGAUCCUAAAACAGGCAACACCUGCAAUGCCCUGUCAGGUGCACUCUCAGGUGUGUCUAACAUCUUUAGUUUCUGGGGCGAGAGUCGGGGUCAUCAGUAUCAGGAGCUGCCUCGCUGUAAUCUUCCGACACCACCACCUCAGCACAACACCCCAUUACACAGCAUCUCAAGACAGCAGCGGAGCCAGUUGGAGAACAGGCUGGACAUGCUGCAGACACAACUGAACAGGUUAGAGACCCGUAUGUCCACAGACAUCAGUGCAAUCAUGCAAUUGCUCCAGAGGCAGAUGACAUUAGUGCCUCCAGCCUACAGCACAGUGUCCUCACCUCCCCAGGUAUCACUGUAUCUCGGCUCAAGCCCAGGUCCCGACGAGUCACUCAUACAGACUGUCACCAUGGAGUCUGAGAGACUCUCCUCAAUCUCACAGAUGCUGGCCUCUCAGGACUUUGAGGAAUUUCCUGCCAAGUCAUGUGAAUCUCUCCACUUCACGACAGAACCCUUACUUAGCCCAGAAGCCGCCCCCCUGCAGGCUCUGUCCAGCCUGGACCGUAACGUUGAGCCUCCACACCCCGACACCCAGCGGCGCCUCUCCCUCCAGGAGCCGCAAACACUUCUAGACUCACGGACACCACAAAGACACAGCUCCGAUCCUGGGAGCUAGGGAGGGAGUGAAAGAGAGAGGACGAGGAAACAACAAGUGAAGAGAGCAAACACAGAUGGGAUGAGGUUCCUAGUUUCCCUGGCUCUCUCACUAAUUCUCAGUCGUUCAAUCUCUCUUUCACUUACUUGCACAUCUCAUGGGGAUGGGGUGUGGAAGGAUUUGCUUCCCUUCGUUCCUGUAUUUGCACUGCGUCAGGAGUGUAAAUGGAAGGAUGAGAUGAGACCUGCAUUUGCUGAAGCUGGAGAAGGACUGUCACUGUCCAAAUCUACAAGAUUUAAAGACCAUAAUCCACUGAGUACAGCAUGAGGAUGGAGGCCCCUUUUAAACUCUACGCUCAAAUAUCCUCAAGACUGGUGGAAACAUUAGACAUUUAAAAUAAACAUAAAAAGCAGAGUGGGUGAAAAUGGGUGUGGAACACUUCACUCUUUUUGGCGUCGUUAAAAAAGUGGAAUCCACCCAAAGGAAGGCGUCCAUAUUCAAAUUGUCCCUUUACUACUGUUGUCCAGUAUUGGAUUAAUAUAUAAAUAAUACUGAAAAUAAUAAUCUAAGUAGCCAUCAUGUCUUGCACUGAAAUUUUGCAGAAUCUUUAUCUAUAUCAUGUCCGCAGCGCUUCCAAAGUUAAAAAAACAAAAAAACAAAAAAGGAAAAAAAAUACUAAAAGACUUCCUAAACUUUAUAGUGUUAGCUGGCCUAACAGAAACACCUUGUGUGAUCUGUCUAUUCUGUCCUGUCUUUCUGCCUCUUUCUCCCUUCAUGUCUGUGGUUAAAGGCAUAAUGGAAAGUAAGCACGUACUGAAUCUGCUGAUUUGCAUUAGGAUGGAAUAGGAGGUGUCUAAAGCCAUGAUGUUACUGAACAUAUCAACUAUUUUGUGCAUUGCGGGUUCUAAUGUGGCUCGAUUGAUCAACAUAAUGAGUAUGUCUAUGUCAAACCCUGCACAAUGUCAGGAGGUGUUCAAAUGUUUGUCCAAGUUUGCAUUGGUUCAAAGUUUCAUCACAGGUUUUCUACUUAUAUAUUAGGGACGUUCUGGUUUAUUAGCAAUACUUACCCCUAGAACCCACAACCUCACAUUUAAUAGAUUUCUCUUUUGGGAGAAAAAAAAAAUCAGUUGCUUUACCGAAAUGCAUGUAUAUGUGUGUUAUGUGUGUGAGAUAAGUCAAUAAUUAAUGAAAUUGCAUACAGUAAUUUACACUGUAUAGCACAUUAAAUAUAAGCUUAGCAGCUCUAUUAAGAUUAAGAUUGCUGCAUAAGAUUCUUCAGGUACUAUUGUGCUGCAUGCUACUGGCAAGCAUUCAUAUAGAGUAACAACAAAGGCAUUAUGGUGAGUGGGUUAUUACUAUUUGAACUGUAAAUUGGUUUUAUAGUUAGCAGAUAAUACCAUCAUUUUCCAAGAGAUCAUUUUACGACAAAUGUGGAAAUAUGGAGUUUGCUGAUUGUCACCAACAACCUACUACACCGUUUUCUAAUAUCAUUCAGAAAAUUCAAAUUGUUUGGGAAGACAAAUGAGGAGAACAGGUCAGAGAUUGCAGACCACAUCCUCUUUCGCUCAGCACACAGGUGACAUUCACUAUAAACAAGCGCGAUUCGUUAAUCUUGUAUUAGCAUGUUAUGUUUUUUUGAAUGCUGCUCCCAGCAUAUUUAACUGUAACUAACCUCCAUGCCUUUAGAGCAACCCCACUCCAGUACAACUGAAUCUUCAUGUUUCCGAACUGCUGCACUUUAGAGUACAUCCAAAGCAUCAACUGCAUUGACACUGAUCUUUCCCUCCAGCAAUGUGGUUUGACUUUGUCUGAGAGUUUGUGUUGAAUUCUGAAUGUAUUUUAUAGGGAGUACAUGCUGUUAGAAAGAGAAAAAAAAAGAACAGAAAACUCCUGCUUUCAUGGCAACAGGUUUACUAACCAACCACAAGCUCUUUAACAGUGUUUAGACAUACAGGUAAUGCAGCAUAUACACCACUGGAGCUCAAUAUUCAAAAUAAAUUCAUUAUGGGAAAUCAUUUAUCAUCAUUAUAUCGACAUAACCUUAAUGUGUGUGUGAGACACCAUCUCGUGUCCUUGUGUAAGCUUGUGGCCUCCUCUAUUAUGUAACCAAAAUCCUUGUGUUUUGUUCUUUAAGUGCACUGCUGUGCACUUUACAGACAACACCCCCCACCCCCAACUUACCUUGCAAGGUGUAAAUAAUUAAAGUUCUUUCUUUUCUUUGACAUAUCUUCUUCUCUAACAACUGUUAGGUAUGUAUAUAUAUUUUUAGUCUUGAUUUUAAUUUAUUUUAUUAAUGUAUUUACACUGGAUUGCUCUUUUUUCUCCCUCUCAUGUACUGUACAUAGGAGAGUCUUGUAAAGGAAUCGAUUCUUGGCACUCAUAUAGCCGGCACUAUGCAGAAUCUGUCAUUUCCUUGGCAUGCUUUGAAAUGCAGAAAAAAAACUG